GUGUGGAGAGAUCAUUUGAAGCUCGGAGACACAGGGAUCAUUGGGAGGAAAAGUACCCGACCUGAGAGUGACCGCCUUAAGCAAACAGCCCCUCUGCCUCCUUAUUAAUGUGUUACGGCGCCUUUACCAUUCUGCUGCCCAAGUGAGUAUUCAUUUACCCUCAAGGUGAGGAAAAAGCAGACAAUUUCCCAGGUAGACAGUCAGUCAGUCAGUGAAUGAGGGCUUUGCUGGUGACUUGGAACAUCAUCAGCACUGUAUUGGAUGUUAACCCGCAGCGAGCCAGGAGGCUUCCUCCGCGUCAGGUUGAGCCAGGACGGCUAACAGGAGACCGGAUGCUCCCGGGGGGUUGGAGCCCGGCUGCCGACAGUCUGCUUCAGUUAACCGAACCUUGGCCUGGUCACGACUGAUGAAAAGCGGGGAUGUCCAGCAGCUGCCGACAAGAAGAGGCAUGCUAACGGUAUGCGAGCCGAGCUAAGGCAGCUAACGCUGGGGUUCAGGCUCAGGUGACCUUCAGAGAGUGACAGAUGUGUGCCACUGAGGACAACCAUUUGCAUCUCCCUGUGGAGAUUUGAGUUCUGGGACGCUCGGCAGGCUUCCAGGAGGGGGGGUCUCCGAGAAAGAUGUUGGGUUCAGAGCGAGGAGUUGUGGAAGAAUGGCUCUCCGAAUUCAAGUCCUUACCAGAAACCCGCAUCCCCAGCUAUGCGGGCAGUCUGCAUCUAAAGAAGUCUCUGGUACCAGCGCUCUACAGAGUCAUCCAGGACCCCAACAACGAGCUCCUGGAACCCGUGUGUCACCAGCUCUUUGAGUUGUACCGGAGCUCUGAGGACCGCCUGCGACGUUUCACCCUGCAGUUCCUGCCUGAACUUGUGUGGGUUUACCUGCGCGUCACUGCCAGUAGGGAUCGCCAGAGCAAUGGCUGCAUUGAGGCCCUCCUCUUGGGUAUCUAUAAUCUGGAAAUCGUUGACAAAGACGGCAACAGCAAGCUUCUUUCCUUCACAAUCCCAUCUCUGUCCAAACCAUCAGUAUAUCAUGAGCCUUCUAGUCUGGGGUCCAUGGCUCUAACUGAGGGAGCGCUCUGUCAGCAUGACCUGAUCAGAGUGGUUUACAGCGGCCUGCACCCUCAGAGAGAAACCUUCACAGCACAGAACAGGUUUGAGGUGUUGUGUUUCCUUAUGCUCUGCUACAAUUCUGCUGUGGUCUACAUGCCCCUUUCCUCCUACCAGUCUGUCUGCCGGAUGAGCUCAAGGGUGUGUGUGUGCGGCUUCCCUCGUCAGCAACAGAAGCUCUGGAGGGAACCCUGCAACCGGGUCCUGCUGGACCCGGAGUUCAUGGUGCAGAUGCUCACUGCCGUUUACCACGCUAUAUACAAUGGAGAGUGGGAGAUGGGCCAAGAAGCUCUGGAGGACAUCGUAUACAGAGCCCAGCUAGAGCUCUAUUCCCAGCCUCUCCUGCUGGGGAACGCCAUGAAGAACUCGCUGCCAGAAAGCGCUCCAGAAACACAGCGGGGACGCAAGGUGCUUCAGGUAGAGGUGACACCAACCAUCAGCCGUAUAUCCAUCUCAGCAAUCACCACAGCUUCCAUACGGCGCCACCGCUGGAAGAGAGAGGAUUGUUUUGACUACUCAACCGAUGCAGAGUUGAGCCUCGCCAUCAGUCCUCCUAGCCUCGUCCAGCACCACCUCCACGACCCUCCCAGGGAAACUGCAGCUAAAGAGGAUAGAGGAGGGCGGCAUCACAGCCACCACAACGGCGGCAGCAGCAUCAUCCCCCCCAUCACACUCGAGGAUGCUGACGGCAUGAGCGGAGGCGAGGAUUCCUUCAACAUCAACGAUCCGGACGAAGGUUUCUCCUCUGGAGCUUCCAACAGCAGCCAGCCCAGUGGCACAAAGACCGGUGGCAGCUUGGGGCAGAGGGGCAGCCUGAACAGCAGCAGCAGCAGCUUUAAGAAAGCCAUCACAGCUCGGCUGUCCAGGGACAAGGACAAGGAGAAGGAUCGGGAGAAGGAAAGGGAGAGAGACCGGGAGGUGGAGAAACAGGUGGAACUGUGUGCGGAUCAGCAGGCCGCAGGGACGAAGCCUCGCCAGAGGCAGCAGUCCCCCCCAGGAAGCAUCAAGCUGGACGCUAUCCACCUGAGCCCCAUAAAGAAACACCUGAGCUUCCCUGCAGGGCACCCACUGGUGCGGACUGGAAGCACCUCCUCCAGCAAAUCCUUUGACUGCAUGAACCUGAACUUGAACGGAGGCGAGGACGAGAGAGAGGAGGCAGCAGGAGGCUCCGACAAGGAGACAGGGCCCUUACUGGGGGGUUCCCUCCGCCAUUCCACCGUCAGCCUGCAGGAGGAGCACCUCAACAGGCCGGAGGAGUCCCAGGCCCUCCUGUCUCCUGGAGCUCCUCUCACCAAGCAGUCACGCUCACCCAGCUUCAACAUGCAGAUCAUAUCGCAGGUCUAGAGACAUGUUUAGUCACAACCCAAAUCAGACAGCACUCUGGUCAGUUUCUGUUAAGGCAGAGGGGAAACAAAGAUCUCCAGAUCUCUGGAGCUCUGUUUCUCCUCUUCCAACAUCAAGAAAGUUGGUUAGUUUCUGAGAAAACAUGGAAAGAUGUUGACGACUUUUCAAUCACUGUAACUUCACUCCCUCCAGACAAGCUGAGCAUUCCACAUACAAGCUACCCAUAACUGGGAGGUAAUAAAAAGAAAAAAAUAUUGCAGAUGUAAAGCCUCAUAAUGUUUCAGAUUAUUUGAGUUCCUGACUGAAUCAGUCAAUCAGCAAUAACACGUCGCUCAUGGGUAGAAAAGAGGGAAUCUUUCCCCCUUCUCGUCGCCCUUUCAUUCCGGGGCUCUUGUGCAAUCAUUCUUGCUGAUUUCAAUCAUAAAUGGAUUUAAUGAAUCUCAUUUCUGUUCAUUUUUAAAAUCAGUUUAAACAAACACAUUUUUAAGAUUGUUCUUGAACCAAACUGGAAUGUGGUUUUAAAAGUUGUCUUGAACUUUUAACUGGAAAAAUCGGAAGAAAUCAUUCCUGUGCAGCUACGCAAGCAGAGACUGUAGUCUUGUGACUUCAUUUUACUUUUAAUCUGAAUCCUGCAGGUUUUGUGUGCGACACUAAAGACAGCGACUGUAUCUGUUCAGUUGGUUUUUAUGGUUUCAUCUGACAGGGGCCGCUUUCCUUUCUAAGAGUUGUGGCUCAUAUUCCGGUUAUUUGCUGCCCCCUGGAGGCUUGUAGCAGUCACUGCGUUGCGUCGUCACAAGCAUGAUCUUUUUUUUUGUUCUACCUCAUUGUGUGCUGAAAUACACGUCUGCCAGUCAGAUGGAGGAUUUUUUUCCAAUGGUUUCUCAUUUCAACUCUAAAUGUUUGUAAUCAUGAGGAUUUUUGACUGAAUAUCUUUCUGUUCCAAGUUCAGCUGCAAUAUAGGCCAGUUAUUUCAGGUGUUUCCUUUGAUUAUUUUAUUGUAAUUCCUCUUUUUUUUCUUUCUCUCUUUUUUAUUUUAAGUGCAAUUGUUUUUUCUUUUCUUUUUUGGAUCCUUGUGCAUGGAGUUCUUCUCUGCUGUAAAAUGCCUGCAUCUGCGCACAGUGCUUCUCUAGCCUUGUGUAGUGCUUCCUGUCCAAGCGGAGUGAUUUCUAUUGCUUUUUCUUAACCUGCCGUCUUGUCUCUGCAUGUGUAUUGCCCUGCAAAGCGCCGCUGUUUCAGAUGCAUGAAGCAGGCCCGGCGAGCCAAACCCCAAUCUUGUCCUCUUCUUAGCCAGAUGUGCCAUUACACACCCUUCCCUGUG